AUGAUAGAACAAAACUCUCAAAAUAUAAAAAUUGAUGUUAAUGAAGAUGCAAAAUUAACUUUGCAUUAGAGAUAAAGGAAAAUAAGAUAAGCGAAAGGGAAAGAAAAUUAAUUCAAUCCUUGAAAUGGUGAAGGAAAUUCGAAGAAAUGUAAUAUCCAUGGUCAGGUCAAAUCCCAUCAUAUUCAUACAGUACUGCUUCUGAAAUCCCUGGUGAAAGAAAAUGAUUCCUAGUCUCUAUCACUAGCCUGUGAGAGGACUUGUUAUGUUAGUAGCCAUAACAGAAACCUUUCAUUUUGGAAUUUGGAGGACUAGCUGUAAGGAAAGAGCAAUAAUGGAGAGAGAAUCUCAAGAAGACUACACAAAGAAACUAUAUGAAGCAACAAUUAGGGGCACCACAGCCACUCUGUAUAUGUUACUGCAAAGAGAUCCGCUCAUGCCCGAUAGAAUUUCGAUCUCCUCUUUUAGAGAAACACCUUUGCAUAUUUCAUCUUUGCUUGGCCACGUAGAUUUCACUGCAGCUCUUCUUUAUCAGAAACCAAAUCUCUCGGCUGAGUUGAACUCACAAGGACAGUCUCCUCUUCACUUGGCUUCUGCAGAAGGCCAUACUGAGAUUGUUAAGGCUUUGUUGAGUAUAAAUACUGAUGUUUGCUUAGUUCCUGACCAAUAUGGGAGGAUUCCUCUUCACUUAGCUGCAAUGAGAGUACGAGUUGAGAUCACACAUCAACUGAUCAGCGCCUGCCCGGAGUCAGCACAAGCAAAACUACAAGGAGAGGAAACAGUUCUUCACUUGUGUGUUAAAUAUAACCAUCUGGAGGCUCUCAAAUUGUUGGUAACAUCGCUGGGUGAUGAUGAUGAUGAAUACCUUAACUCGCAGGAUAACCAUGGCAGCACUAUCUUGCAUUUAGCUGUAACAAUGAAGCAGAUGGAGGUAUGUGCAUUUACUUUCAAGUUUUCAAUCAAUUAUCCCAAAAUUGAUUUUCCAUUUUUGGGGUCAAUGCUCACAAUAAAAUACUUGCUUUCAAUACCUCAAAUAAAAGUGGAAGCGGAUGCCUUUGAUACAAUUUGGAGAAGCUACCCAGAUGAUAAAAAUGGAUCUGCAACACAAACCUGGGUUAAUAAUGGGAUAAAGAAGGUAAAUGACCAAGAUGAUUGGCUGGAGAAGAUGCUGGGUAAUUUGAUGGUGGUGGCGACUGUUAUUGCAGCCAUGGGUUUUCAAGCUGCAGUAAGCCCACCAGGUGGAGUUUGGGAGACAGAUUAUAAAGAUUGUCUAGAAGGAGGUAAAAUCUGCAAGGCAGGAACUUCAUUAUCAGCCUAUACUGAUGAAACAAGAUUCCAUCAAUUUGUCUUAAACAACACUGUCACCUUCACGGCAUCUGUAAGCACAAUGCUUUUGCUUAUGAGUGGAAUUCCUCUCAAUCGCAGGGUUUAUAUUUGGUUUUUGCUGAUGGUAAUGUGUAUCGCCAUGUUCUUUGUGGCUGCCUCUUAUAUUGUCUCCCUCAAAUGAAUUAGAGCACCAGAGGACAAAGCAUUUGAUUAUCUUGUUACAACUUAUUUAUGGUUCUGGUAUGUGUUACUUACGGUUAUCGGUGUUCAUCACACCGUUAAAUUAUUUUUCCGAUUCAUCAAGAAAAUGUUUACUGCUGCUAUCCGUACAAUGAAAUUCUCAUUCAGGGUUGUGAUGAAGCUAUCCAAGUUGAUACUGAAGGUGCCAGUGGAGCAGAGAGCAGCUGGUGUUUGAGGAAUUCUUGAUAUAAAUGUAUCAUAAUAAGUCAUUAAUUGUUCUUCUUCAGUUUUGUUAAUUGAAGAAUGGACAAGUAUUAGCAUAUUCAACAUCUUGUUGUUUUGUCUUCUAAUGCAAAAAUAAUAAAAGAGAAUGAAGAAUGGAUUAGUAUUUGUAUUA